GCCCUUUUGGAUAGCUUAGAGUUUUAAUCUUAAAUCUCGGCUCCGAUGCCUAUCAGCAAAAAGACUUAGCAUUGUGGCGACACCAAGUAUUUUCUCGAGUUCAUCGGUUGACGAUCGCACCUGCGCCGCCUCAUACGAAGUAUUUCUCCCGCCCAGACCGCAAGACUCCGUCCAGCUCAUUGCGUGUCUGCGUCCAUCAGGUAGCCCACACAAGUUAGCAGCAGGUCCUGGCCAGGGACGCGGGAACAAAGCGCCAAACAUAUCGUGCAAGGACAACAUCACGAGUCUUCCCAACAAUUCUGACUUCCUAUUUGUAGCGACAACCGUCGAGGUUCAGCGACGAUGAUGAUAAUAUCCUUCCUGUGCGAUUCGUAGGGAGAGAGCCACACCCAUAUCGCCCACUCUGAUGAUCUCAGAGACGCUAUACACACCCUGACUGGGUACGGUCUUUUCCGGCUCAACAAAUGUUACCCUGAACAUGAGGAGCCUCUCGCACCCAUGAUGGCGGCGCCCUUGGCAUAUGACAUGAACAGACAUACUGGCGAUCUGAUGUUUGGACUGCGCAAGGUCGAAGUAUUAUCGAAUGUGAGUUCCUGAUUUGAGUUGGAUGAACGAAUCUCGACGCAUCAUUUCGAUCUUUCAGCAUGAAACCCUGAAUAUGAUUUUUAAUAUUGCGUUGUAUACGCGCAGCUCUCGUGGUGAGGGAGGUAUACAAGUGGAUACGGGUCUAAAUUUGGCCUCGCGGACACAACAGCGAAAACACAAGAGAAGAUAUGAGACUGCAAGUCCUAAUAAACGAGUUUGGUUCGCUGUGGGCUUUUGGGGACUUUUCUCCAUCCAACGAUCUACGACACUGCCUACCGUAUAUUGCCGACGCUGUUCUUCAGUCCCCACGCGUCAGGGAUGAAUGGAGCCUGGCAGAAACAAGGGGGGGGGGGGGGGCUUUGCCUGUUCGCUAUCCAUGCCGAGACCGCAGGCGACGGAAUAUCAAUGCAACACAGGGGUUUGCUCCGCAUCGUUGCGACCCCAUCAACACAGAUAGGAUGGAUGAGGAAACAUCCCAACUGGAGCAGGCAAUAAUCGACGAGAUAGGAACAAGCGUUCAUCAUUUGUAUAUAAAUCAUCAUUGCCCCGGCCGACUUGGGAAGACCGACUAUGCCUUUUUCCCAGUCAGGCCAUUCCGACCUCUCUUCGUCAUUCUUUUUUUCUGCCGGCUGACUUUCUUAAUUGAAGGCUUCCUUUCUUCUUUCUUUGGUACUUUAUACAUUCGCGUCACACGCAGUUACACUCCUUUGUUUUGCUACACCACCAACACCACCGUCACUAUGCAGAUCAAGUCGUUGUUGUUUGGCCUUGUGGCCGCCGAGGCCGCCAUGGCCUCCCUCCCCCUCCGUGUCGUCACAUGGAACAUCCGCUACGCGGCAAGCAGCCUCGAGCAGGGCGAGAAGCCGUGGUUCGACAUCUUUUGCUGGGCCACCAAGUCCCGCUGCCGCCAGUACAAGUUCUACGACAAGCUCAACCAGAUUGUGAGCUCGACCCCCAACGGCGCCCCCAUGGUCAUCGGCAUGCAGGAGGUCCUCGACAACCAGCUCAACGACAUCCAAAACUCCCUGGGCGACGGCUGGGCCCACAUCGGCGUCGGCCGCGACGACGGCAAGAAGGCCGGCGAGUACAGCCCCAUCUUCUACCAGACGAGCCAGCUCAGGGUGCUCGCGUCCGAGACAAAGUGGCUGUCGCCCACGCCGGACUCGGUCUCGUUCGGCUGGGGCGCCGGAAGCAGGCGCAUCGUGACCACGGCCGUGUUUGAGCACAUCGCCACGGGCGAAAAGUUCAUCCACGCAAACACCCACCUCGACAACGUGAGCGCGCAGGCCCGGAGCGAGGGCAUCAAGGUCGUCCUUACCCGCAUCCAGGCCGCCCGUGUUGCCUUUGGGCCCCUGCCCGUCUCGCUGACCGGCGACUUCAACUCGGCCCCUUACGCUGACGCCUUCAAGACCCUGGCCGACACGGGCUUCAUGAAGGGCGAGCUGUACGACCUCGCCACCCCCGCCCAGCACGCCGGUCCCUACACCACCACGUACACCACUUUCCGUGAGGGUGCUGGCGAGAGCAGGAUCGACUUCAUCUGGCUGGGUGCUGCCCAAAACUACCCUUACUCGGUCGUCAAGUACGAGAUUUGGGACCACACCGUGGAUGGCAUGCGUGUGAGCGACCACAGGCCUGUGGUUGGUGACGUGAUUCUUCGAUGAGAUGUCUCUCUUUUUGAGAAGGGCAGUACGGCAGUGAUGUAGAAUAACGUA